AUGGCUUUCCGGGCUAGAGCCGGGGUGCAGCUGGCGGGCCUCCUGCUCGCGGCGCUGGGCUGGGUGCUCACCUGUCUCACCACCUACCUGCCGCUCUGGAAAAAUCGCAACCUGGACCUAAACGAGAUGGAGAACUGGACCCUGGGGCUCUGGCAGGCGUGCGUGGUCCAGGAGGAAGUGGGCAGACAGUGCAAGGUCUUCGAGUCCUUCCUGGCGCUGCCUGCCGAGCUGAGGAUCUCCAGGAUCUUGAUGUUCGUGUCCCACGGGCUGGGCGUGCUGGGCCUGCUGCUGUCCGCGCUGGGCCUGGACUGCCUGCGGGUCGGUGAGAGGCCGCCGGGGCUCAAGAAGCGGCUGCUGGUGUUGGGCGGCCUCCUGCUGUGGACGGCGGGCGUGGCGGCGCUGGUGCCCGUGUCCUGGGUGGCGUACGGGACUGUGCGGGAGUUCUGGGACGAGGCCAUCCCCGAGAUCGUGCCCAGGUGGGAGCUGGGCGACGCCCUCUUCCUGGGCUGGUUCGGGGGCCUGUGUCUUCUCCUGGGAGGGGGUCUACUCAACUGUGCUGCCUGCUUGGGCCCGGGGGUCCCCCCUGCGGGCCACUACACGGCAGUAGGAGCUCAGUGUCCCCCCAGAACAGGUGGCCCUGAAACUUGGCUCCCCGAGAAUCUGAGCCAGGAAGCGUCUGCGCUCAGCUCUGCAACUCAGUGA